UUCGGGUCUCGAUUGCAAUUAGGCGAAACCCCAUUCUCCGAGAGACGAAAAAAAUUCUGACGGAUCUUUUUGCUCUCGAAAUACACAGAGACAGAGGGAGAUGACGAGAGCGCGGAGAGAAAAAACACCAGUAGCUACCAAGGAAGAAGAAGAAGACGCGAAGUAGACACAAUCCGCAAACAAUGCGUCGCGAUUUGUCUCGUUUCGUUCAGCUAAGAUGCCUUAUUUUUCUUUUUGUGGCUGCUAUCAUCAUUUUUCUCGCUUUCCCAACCUCUCACCCGGCUGAAGAUAAGGAGGAAGAGGUGCCUGAAAUUACUCAUAGAGUAUUCUUGGAUGUUGAUACUGAAGGGCAGAGAAUCGGUAGAAUAGUUAUUGGAUUGUAUGGUCAGGUUGUUCCAAAAACUGUCGAAAAUUUCAGGGCUUUAUGCACAGGGGACAAAGGCAAGGUUGCCAGUGGAAAGAAGCUCCACUAUAAAGGAAAACCGUUUCACCGUAUUGUUUCUGGUUUCAUGAUCCAAGGUGGAGAUAUUGUUUCUGGAGAUGGGAAAGGAAGCGAAUCUAUUUAUGGUGGCACAUUUCCUGAUGAAAAUUUCAAGAUAAAACACUCGCAUGCAGGUGUUGUUUCCAUGGUAAACUCAGGACCUGAUUCUAAUGGCUCACAGUUCUUCAUAACCACAGUCAAAACCGGCUGGCUGGAUGGGGAGCAUGUUGUCUUUGGCAAGGUUAUUGAAGGAAUGGAUACUGUAUAUGCAAUAGAGGGGGGAGCUGGGACCUAUAGUGGGAAACCUCGGAAGAAGGUUGUUAUUGCAGACUCAGGGGAGAUACCCAAGAGCAAGUGGGAUGAAGAAAGUUGACAAGUUCACCAACUAGUUUGUAGCAAUAGCAGCAACUCCAUGGUAUGACCGUGCAAAGGUUCUUCAGAUAUUUGAGCUGUGUUGUAAAAUGUUCAAGUCAAUUUAGGUUGUGCAUGGUUUUUUAGAUUAAGUUUAGGCCUUUAUUGUUGGCUAAUAGUGUCAUGUAUUUUGAAGCUGUUACUGAUAUAUAGAAAUUCUCAUUUUGUAAA